UGAAUCUAUAAUAAUUUAAUUGAAUCAUACUCGAUAAAUUUAGGCAAACCCUGGUAUUUAUAUUCAGGGAUCUAUACAUGUAAUUUUCCUCUUUAUGUAAUUGUGAUUGUUUCACUUAUUAUUGUUCUUUUUUUCAUGUACUUGAUUGCUGGUUAUAUUACCUAAAUGCACAAUUUUUCCCUUUAGGGAUGUUAUGAUCCGUUCUAUUCAUCUAUUAAUAUUCUUUUUUUUCUUCUUCUUCUACUUGAUAUUCAUCUUUUCCACCUACUCAGCUCAUCUCAUCUCCCAUCCCUGGGCAUCUCCAGUACUCACCCAGCUACUCAUCUCCUCAGCUACUCUCUCAGCUACUCACUCAGCUACUCACCCACCGGCUUACCCACCGGCUUACCUACCUACCCUUUUGUCACAAGGAAUUCUUCACUUGCUUUAUUGUUAUAUUUGUGAUGUUAUUCUUUUGAGUAAUUUCGUGUGUUUCCUUCGUCAAAUGCAUUGUUCUAAUCUCCCUUUAGAUCUCAUUAGCUAUCCCUCAGUCACGGUAGUGUCCUUGCAGCUACCCUUGGUAGCUACCCUCUUUGUUUAGUAUUCUAUUAUAUUCAAUUGUUUGUAUUGUAUUCAAUUGUCUUCAAUUGUAUUCGAUUACCUCCCAUUGGUGCACGGGGGUAGUUUUUUUUUCCAACGAUCGCUUAAACCUCAUUGCAGUUAUUCUCA